AUGACUUCUCUCCCACAGAUCCCCGCGAUAGCAACCGGAAAACGCAAGUCGUCGCCGGUCGAGAUCGGAUCCAGCUCCGACGCAGACUCCUUCGACAUCCCCGCCGCCCGCCCCGCGAAGAAAGCAAAGAAGAUGAAGAACUCGGAAAGACCAGUGACCGAGGCCCAAAACUACGGCAAAAAGCUCCCCACGAAAUGCGGCUGCAAAACAGGCUGCAAGGGCUCCUGCGCCUGCGUCAAGAACGGCCUCGGCUGCGGGCCCUCGUGCAAGUGCGCCACCUGCGCCGACGCCAAGGGGAAAUGCACCAACAAGCUCAACGAGGUCUUCGGGGCCCUCGGGUGGGACGGGAAGGAGCAGAUGCAGGCCGAGCCGUGCUUCCUCUCCUUCGCAUCCACGUCUAAGCAGCCCAUCAGCGUGCCGAAGCUCGCCGAGGCCCUCCAGCGCCGCGACGACGCGUUCGAGUUCGACCCCUGGCUGGAGGCGUGGCUCGAGACGAAACACGGGCUGCGCGAGGGGGGGGGAGGAGAAGAAGAGGCACGUGGAGAAGUUGCUCCGGUACGCGCUGGUGAGGGAUCGGAGCUGUAA